AUGGCUGCCAGACCCGCGCUCUUCACCCGUGGCCUCUCGGGACUCUCCCAGAGCACCACCGCCGACCCCAACUCGCCUAGCGUCAGCUCUCCGGCCGACCAGCGCGACGAUGCAAAGCGCAACUUCCUAAAGGCCAUGCGUCCUCUGCCGACACAACACUACUGGAACGUUUAUUUUGACAAGCAGGCUAAGGACCAACAGAAGGCGGCCGGCGAGGAGGAAUAUAAGGUGCAGCUGGAGCAGCUCGGCUCGCAGAUCGAGUCUGUCCAGGACUUUUGGAAAUACAACAACAACACCCCCGUCGACCAGAUCAAGAUGCGCGAAUCCAUCUACCUUUUCAAGCAGGGCUUCAAACCCAUCUGGGAGGACCGUCGCAACAUCAACGGCGGUGCCUGGACCUUCCGCGUGCCCAAGGCCAUCGGGCCCGACGUGUGGACCCGUGUGCAGCUGCUGGCCAUUGGCGAGAAGUUGCAGAGCGUUCUGGACGACAACGACCAGAUUUGCGGCGUCGGCCUGUCAGUCCGCUUCAACUCGCACCUCAUCUCCAUCUGGCACCGUGACGGCUCCAAGCAAAAGUCCAUUGAUGCCAUCCUCGAGUGCGUACUCGAAGAGCUCCCCGCCGAGCUGCGUCCCAAGGCCGACAACUACUUUUACAAGCGUCACCAGGACCACGCUGGCUUCAAGGCCCCCCCCGAGCUCCAGGCUGUCAUCGAUUCUCAAAAGGCCGCCGCCGAAAAGGCAAAGGCGGCGGAAGGUGCGACGGCUUAG